AUGCCCAGCAUUACCUUGCCACACGUACCGUACUACGUUGCUGCACCCCCUACGAAGGAAAAUUUGGAGUAUGCCGACCUUGCGAUCAUCGACAUUUCGAAAGCCAGCUCCGAAGAGGGUCGCGCUGCGCUCGCAAUUGAAUUAAGGGAGGCUCUCCUGAACCUCGGGUUUUUCUAUGUCAUUGUUAAUCAUAUCUCGGCUCAGACGACUCGCAUGUUUGACAUUGCAGACGUACCCUUUUCGGCUGUCGCUGACGAUGAGAAGCAAAACUAUGCUUCGACAAGAAGGCAAGAUGGACUACUCCAAGGAUAUACCACACGUGCAGAUAACGAUGGUCGGGUACGCGACCAGCUUGACCAAUACUGUAUCCAUCGCGAUGUGACCAAGCGAAGGCACCCAGAAGCCCUUCUCCCUCUCCUCCCCGAGAUACAGGAGUUUAGCAGUCAUAACCACUUCAACGUGUUACAUCCCUAUCCUGAGGUAAACGUAUGUCCCGGUGUGCUCAGUGAAGACUCUGAUAUAUAUAUAUUUCUCAGGCUUAUCGCCCGCAGCCUUGAGCUACCAGAAGAUACACUGUUGAAAAAACAUGUCUUUGACGCCACCGGCGAGACAGCCGUUAGGUUCAUCAAGUACUACCCACGAACAGAGGAAGAAGAAUCCAAAACAAAGAAUGUCUGGCUGCAGGGCCACACGGCGUUUACAAUUUUAUGGAGUCAGCCUGUCACCGCACUGCAAAUCCAGACCCGUGAAGGCAAAUGGCGUUGGAUCCGUCACAUAGAAAAUGCGCUUGUGGUUAACGUAGGCGAUGCAAUGGACUUCCUCACUGGCGGGUAUUACAAAGGCACGAUCCAUCGCGUUAUCCAACCCGCGGUGGACCAGCGAAACUAUACUCGUCUUGGAUUAUUUUACUUUUGCCUGCCAAACGACGAUAUCAAAUUGGUGCCGAUGGUUGAAAGUCCAGUCUUGCAGAGAGUAGGGAUUCAGAGACGUUGCGAAGAUAGCGAGGCACCGACGAUGGAAAAUUGGAGGAAAGCGAGGACGAUGGCUUUUGGUCUUUCGAAACUGAAGAAUGGAAAAGAGGAUGGCGUAGAGGAAGAGAUCAUCCACGGCGUGAUAAUCAAACAUUACGACUGA